UGUAACGAACAAAAUCCAACGCUUGCAUUGAUAAUAAUUGUUAUUGGAGUGGUUUUAUAAUUAUUUACUGGAGAAACUUAGUUACUGUUUUAAAUUUUACCUAUCAUAAGUGUUUUAUGUGUAUUCCAUCAAGAUGACGUCGGAAAAAGCUAACCGAAAGGAGAGAAAAGAAAACCAGAACAUUCAAGUGUUUGUGAGGCUUAGACCUCUAAACCAGCGGGAGAAGGAUAUCAGAUCUCUGGGAGUGGUUGAAGUGGUCAAUGGACGGGAAGUGGUGGUGCGACCGUCGAACCAGACGCUGCACACCAAGAAGUUCACCUUCGACCGAGCAUUCCCACCAUAUUCUAAACAGGUGGAAGUGUACCAGCAGGUGGUGUCUCCGCUCAUUGAGGAGGUGCUGGCUGGGUACAACUGCACGGUGUUCGCGUAUGGACAGACCGGCACGGGCAAGACUCACACGAUGGUGGGGGAGGCCGCCGCUGACGAGACCACUUGGCAGAGCGACCCCCUAGCUGGCAUCAUACCUCGAGCCUUGAGCCAGCUAUUCGAUGAGCUCCGACUCUCCAACACCGAGUACACCGUCCGAGUGUCCUACCUUGAGCUAUACAACGAGGAGCUUUUUGACUUACUCUCCAGCUCCGAUGACAACUCCAAGCUGAGGAUAUACGAGGAUGUGACGAGGAAAGGAGCGAAUAUUGUCAACGGCUUGGAAGAAAUUACAGUAUACAAUAAAAAUGAAGUGUACCGAAUUAUGGCUCAAGGACAGGAGAGGAAGAAAGUCGCGUCUACACUCAUGAAUGCGCAGUCCAGCCGCUCCCACACUGUCUUCACCAUCGUGGUCCACAUGAAAGAGAACAGCCCCGAAGGCGAGGAACUAGUCAAGAUCGGCAAGCUGAACCUGGUAGACCUGGCAGGCUCGGAGAAUAUCAGCAAGGCGGGCUCCGACAACCCGGCCAAGCGCGAGCGGGCGCGCGAGUGUGUGAAUAUCAACCAGAGCCUGCUGACGUUGGGGAGAGUGAUCACCGCACUCGUCGAGAGACACCCGCAUAUACCGUACAGAGAAUCAAAACUCACACGUAUCCUCCAAGAGUCACUCGGUGGUCGCACCAAGACUUCCAUCAUAGCAACCAUAUCUCCUGGACACAAAGACUUGGAGGAGACGCUCAGCACCCUGGAGUACGCCAACCGGGCCAAGAACAUCCAGAACAAGCCAGAAAUUAACCAGAAGAUGACAAAGAAGGCUAUACUCAAAGAGUAUGCCGAGGAAAUUGACAAGUUAAAGAAGGACUUGCAAGCCGCUAGAGAUAAGAAUGGUAUAUAUUUGGCCAACGAGACAUAUGCUGAGAUGACAUUUAAGCAGGAGGAACAAAAGAAAGAGAUACAAGAACUGCUCCUCAAGAAGAGAGCUAUGGAGGAGGAGAGAGACAGAAUGGAGAAUGUCUUUGAGGAACUCCGGAGCAAGCUGCAGAACUCUGAGGGUCAACUGACAGAGACGAUCAGCAAACUGAAUACCACGAAGACUAUACUGGAGAAAACUACUACUAAAUUGGUCCGCACCGAGCAGCAGUGCUCCGAGCAGCGCAGCCUCGUCGAGGCCGCCGUCGCCGACGUCGACAGGCUGCACGAUGCCGUCGACAGACGCAGCACAGUAGAGAGCCGCAACCUAGAGACGACGCAGCGGUACCGCGGCGUUUCGGCGCAGAUGCGACACAACAUGCGCGCGGCUGCCGACCGCGUACUGCGAGAAGUCGCCACACACGUCACCGCGGCCGGUCAACACCUAGAGAGCCACACUACGGAGGGUACUGGAAUUCUUUCUAACAACAAAACAAAGAUGGAUGCUUUAUUUAAACACAUAGUUGAUAAUUUUCAAAUGAUGACCCAAGCGAAAGAGAAUCUAUACUCAACCAUGAAUGUGACACUGACGGAGCAGCAUUCCGCUCUAACCAACCUGGUGCAGAACUCCCAUCAGACCACAAAGACAGCAUUCUCAGAGUUCACCGAGGCAGUGGCUCAGUGUCUCUGGAAUGCUGGUCAGAUGGAUGUGUCUACGCAAAUGACAGCGCUGCUGGAGGAGUGGGUAUCAAACACGGGUGUCCAACUACAAGCCACGCGCAACACGCACGGGUCGUCGCACGCGCUCGCGACUCGCGCGGCACUGUCGCACGCCGCAGCCGUGCGCGCCGCUCGCGAUGCUGCCGCCCGUACCGCCGACACGCGCGCCAGACACGUGCAGAGGGUGUUACAGGCUAUCAAAGCAGACGAGGAGCAAAAUAAGAAAAUGCUCGCAGACAACAUGGCGAAAAUAGAGAAAGAACGAGAGCAUAGAGAAGCUAUUCUAGAGCAGCGGAUCGAAAGGAAGAGAAAUCUCCUGCAAGAGGAAAGAGAGCAGAAAGAAGCUAUUCUAGAGGAGUGGAUUGCAAGGAAGAGGAUUCUUCUGCAAGAAGAAAUGGAGAAGAGAAAGACAGCGGUCGAACAAGAAAUAGAGGAACUGAUGAAGACGGAGAGGGAAUAUCUGGAGGCGGUCAUGGAGAGCCACAGAAGGAGUAUAGCAGAACAGAAGCAAACCUUCGAAGCUAGUACAUCGAGGAAUGUGCAAAUGUUGAUGGAGUUGCUGACAGAAAGUGAGAGAGAGAUGCAGAUAUCGGAAGAGGAGUACCAUAAGAAUGAGACGGAGAUGGAAAAAUGUGUCAAUGAACUGAAUGGACUGGCUGAGAAAUAUAAACAAGAGAGUGGUGAAGUGGAGUGUAGUGUGAGCGAACUAAGCGGGCGCGUGUUGAAUGUGGCCGAGCAACUCAAGGCGCGUCUGUUGGCCGAGCUGCAGCAAUCUGAGCACAAUAUCAAGUCGGAAUCAUCGCGGCUCCUAUCUUCGUCAUCGGCGGCGGCGCAGGCGCAGGCGGCCGGGCUCACCGCCGCACUGCAGACCGUGUCCACCGGCUGUAGACACGCGGUAGACGGUCUACUGAGCGAACUUGACCGGCAGUCAUCAUCUACAACGCAGGAGCUAUCAGCAUUAUCAUCAUCGACUUCCCGCUGCGUGGAGCUGCUAGGCGCCCUCCGUGACGCACAGGCCUCCGCCCUGGGCAGCACGAGGGCCGACGUGGAACAGCUCCAUGCAUCGCUGCAGAAUGAGCUGACAGCACUGCAGCAACUGGAGGAGCGCUGCUUGCACGACGAAUACACCGUCUACACGCCGUCAGGUUGUACGCCGGCCCGCGGCCGCUACGCGUACCCGCGCCGCUUCGCCGCGUCGCCGCUUAAGAAGUUGCCGUCCACACUUGACGAGGAUGACGUAAUCAUACUCGACGACGACGCGACGAACGGGCACAGCGACAGUUCGUCGUGCGCGUCCGAGGACUCCGCCUCGUGGCCGCGGGCGAACGAGCCCUCCGCUACGGUCAAGUGCAACUCGGAGACUGAUAUAUACCUGCGUAUGAAACAACACGAGCAAGGCAAGGAGAACAGUCAAGUGAACAGAUCUAUGUCAUUCAAGAAGCCAUCCAGGCUACCAGCUCCGAGCACAGCCAAGAAAAUACUAGCGGAGAGGAACGGGGUCAACUGACAUUGAAUAUUUGUGACACACUGUGGUGAUCUAGUGUUUAUGUUUACGUUCCGUCGAGGAAAUUAAGUAUAUUGCUACUUCUGAAGUCAGUCUUGUAACCAUCACCCGAUGAUAUAAUAUACGAUCGAACUACCAAA